GGGGCACCGGUUCCCCCAGUAGAGCUCGGGGCGGCCCCUUCCGCACGGCGCCGGGAGUCCGGGGGGGGUGGACGGCGGAGGCCGGAGCGGCGCUGCUGCUGGUGACCGCGGUCCUGAAACUUCCCCUUCGCCCUCCCUUUGCGCCCAGGGCCCACCGCUCCGGGCCCCUCCGCCGUCCCAGGCCCGUCGCCCCCUCCCCCCCAGCCCAGGCCGGGCCGGAAGGCGACCGCCCCGCUUGACUCAGCCCGGGGCACGGGCGUCGCCGCCGCCGCCGCCGGCGGGGCUGGACAGCGAUUUCUGCGGCCCGCGCCUGGCUCUGCGCGGUGGGGGAGCGAAGUUCGCAAACUUCCGGGCGCGGGGGCGGCGACGGCCCGCGUGGGGCCCCUCGGAGAGACCGAGACCGGCCACCUCGGGAGGGCGCCGCCGAGCCCCGGCCCAGGCCCGAUCCGGACGCCGGUGGCGAGGGUGCAGUCAUGGCCACCCAGGUGAUGGGGCAGUCUUCUGGAGGAGGAAGUUUAUUCAGCAACAGCGGCAACAUGGGCAUGGCCUUACCCAACGACAUGUAUGACUUGCAUGAGCUCUCCAAAGCCGAACUGGCUGCACCUCAGCUCAUCAUGUUAGCAAAUGUGGCCUUGACUGGGGAAGUCAACGGCAGCUGCUGUGACUACCUGGUCGGGGAAGAAAGGCAGAUGGCAGAACUGAUGCCCGUGGGGGACAACAACUUCUCAGACAGCGAAGGGGAAGGACUUGAAGAGUCGGCUGAACUAAAAGGUGACCCCAGUGGGCUGGUAAACAUGGAGCUGAGAAGCUUGGAGCUAAACGCCGUGGAACCACAGCCUGUAUUCGAAGCAUCCCCUGCCCCAGAAACGUACAACUCGAAUAAAGAUCUCCCUCCAGAAACGCUUGGGACUGAGGACAAAUGCAAGAACCUGAAGGCCAAGCCCUUCCGCUGCAAGCCCUGCCAGUAUGAGGCAGAGUCGGAAGAGCAGUUUGUCCAUCACAUCAGGGUUCACAGCGCCAAAAAGUUUUUUGUGGAAGAAAGCGCAGAGAAGCAGGCAAAAGCCAGGGAGUCUGGCUCUUGUACGGCAGAGGAGGGGGAUUUCUCCAAGGGCCCCAUCCGCUGUGAUCGCUGUGGCUACAAUACCAACCGGUAUGAUCACUACACGGCUCACCUCAAGCAUCAUACCAGGGCCGGGGAUAAUGAGCGAGUCUACAAGUGUAUCAUUUGCACAUACACAACAGUGAGCGAGUACCACUGGAGGAAACACUUGAGGAACCAUUUUCCUAGAAAAGUCUACACGUGUAGCAAAUGCAACUAUUUUUCAGACAGAAAAAAUAAUUAUGUCCAGCAUGUUCGAACUCAUACAGGAGAACGCCCUUAUAAAUGUGAACUUUGUCCUUACUCGAGUUCUCAGAAGACUCAUCUAACUCGACACAUGCGUACUCAUUCAGGUGAGAAGCCAUUUAAAUGUGAUCAGUGCAGUUAUGUGGCUUCAAAUCAGCACGAAGUGACCCGACACGCAAGACAGGUUCACAACGGGCCCAAGCCUCUUAAUUGCCCUCACUGUGACUACAAAACGGCAGACAGAAGCAACUUCAAAAAACACGUGGAGCUGCACGUUAACCCGCGGCAGUUCAACUGCCCCGUGUGCGACUACGCCGCCUCCAAGAAGUGCAACCUACAGUAUCAUUUCAAGUCGAAGCAUCCUACCUGCCCUAGUAAGACGAUGGAUGUCUCCAAAGUGAAACUAAAGAAAAUCAAGAAGAGAGAGGCCGACAUGCAUAGUCACCCCACCAGUGACAAGACAGAGACAGAGCAAACAAAAACAAAGGGAGAGGUGCCGGCCAAGAAAAACGAGAAACCCGCGAAAGUAGAGAAAAAGGAUGUUUCAAAAGAGAAGAAGUCUUGUGGCAAUGCCUCAGUGGUCCAGGUAACUACCAGAACUCGGAAAUCUGCGACGGAGACUAAGGCAGCAGAGACGAAACACAUAGAUGUACAUACAGGAAAUAAUAAAGAAAAAGUCAGUAAAGCCAAGAAGAACAAAAGAAAGGUGGAUGCUGAAGCCCAUCCGUCAGAUGAGCCUGUGAACGAGGAACCAGUGACAAAAAAGAAAAAAAAGAUGGAAAGCAAAUCCAAAAAUAGUACCGAGGUGCCAAAGGAUGACAGCAAGACGGAGGAGACUAAGGGGGACAAUAAAAAGCAAAAUACUUCCAUUAAAAAUGCAAAGAAGAAACCUCAAAAAGGUAAAUCAAGUAAGAAAGGCAGCAGGCCUGCUCGGGAGACGCAGAAGGAGACGGCUCCGGCAGAGCCUCCUUCCAUGGAGCUGGCUCAGGAGGAGCCCGGGCUUCCUUCUCCCAUGGAUAUUGCUCAGACAGGGCCUGCUCAGAUGGAGCUGCCUUCUCCCCUGGAGCCUCCUCAGAGGGAGCCGCCUCCUCCCCUGGAGCCUGCUCAGAGGGAGCUGCCUUCUCCCCUGGAGCUUCCUCUGAGGGAGCCGCCUCCUCCCACGGAGCCUACAAAGAUGGAGCAGCCUCUUCCCAUGGAGCUUACUCAGAUGGAACAGCCUCCUCCCAUGGAGCCUGAUCAGGUGGAGCCUCCUCCUCCCAUGGAGCCUGAUCAGAUGGAGCCUCCUCCUCCCAUGGAGCCUGAUCAGAUGGAGCCUCCUCCUCCCAUGGAGCCUGCUCAGAGGGAGCAGCCUUAUCCCAUGGAGCCUGAUCAGAUGGAGCCUCCUCCUCCCAUGGAGUCUCAGCAGGGACAUUGUCAGAAGAAGCUGCUUUGUCCUUUGGACCAUGCUCAGGAGGAGGUUGCUCAGACAGGGCCUCCUCACAUGGGAUCUGUUCAGAAGGAGCCUCCUGCUGUCAUGGAGCCACCUCUUCAAGUGAAACCAGUCACCAAAAGGUCAUCUCCCCGAAAAGAGAGUACCAAGGAGAAGUCGGGCAUGCGGAGUGAGGUGGUGCGGCAGGAGCAAGUCCUUAUUGAAGUUGGCUUAGUGCCCGUUAGAGAUAGCCGGCUUCUGAAGGGAAGCAGGCGCGCACAGGAUCUUCCAGCCCCAUCAUCAGCAUCGCCAAAGGGAAACUCAAGAAGAGACGAGACACCCAAGGACCAAGAAAUUGGCUCUGAUGGGGAAGGAAAUAAAAUAGCCCCUCUCAAGAAAGUGGGAACAGAGGAAGCUGGCAAGCGUCUAGCUACGCUUGCUGCUCCCAAGGAAUCUACCAGUGUCUUAUCCUCGGAACAAAACUCAAAUGGGUCAGGUGGUGAAAUGUUACAUGCUAAGUGUCAGACUGGUUCAGCUGGGCUUUGUGAAAUGGAAGUGGACACUGAGCAGAACCCAGACAGUGUCCCUGUGAAAGCCUCAGCACCCGAACCGGCGUCACCAUUGCCUCCUGUCCCAUCACCAACCGUAACGGCCUCGCCUCCUAUCACUUUGGCUGAAAACGAGUCACCGGACAUUGAUGAAGACGAAGGCAUCCACAGCCAUGAUGGAAGUGACCUGAGUGACAAUAUGUCCGAGGGAAGUGAUGAUUCUGGGCUGCAUGGGGCUCGGCCAGUGCCACAAGAAGCAAGUUCAAAAAGUGGGAAGGAGGGGUUGGCAGUUAAAAUAACCGAGGGAGAGUUUGUUUGUAUUUUCUGUGAUCGGUCUUUCAGAAAGGAAAAGGAUUACAGCAAGCACCUCAAUCGCCACCUGGUUAAUGUAUACUUCCUUGAAAAAGCAGCCGAGGGGCAGGAGUAGUGAGCCGGCCGGUGGAGGGCGGCUCGUCACAGUUUGUAAGCAAUGCCUCACUUUUAGUUUAAGGCAGUAGACACAUACAAGCUCGCUUUAAUUAGUGUCCA